AUUAAGCUUCAAACUUUCAUCCAUGGAGUACUCAAAUAAUAGUAAUGUUACAGCGUUUGUUAUGUUUUUGUUCCUUGCAGCACUCAUGUGUUCCUCUUCCCAUGUUAUUGUAUCAAAGGAUGGGAAUACAGGAAAUUAUACAAGCUUGGCUGAAGCUGUUAAGAAUGCCCCAGAUUUAAGCGACCAACCUUACAUCAUUCGUGUUUUAGCGGGCAUUUAUGAAGAGUGCGUUCUCAUUCCACCAAAUAAGCCUAAUAUUAAGCUCCUUGGUGAUGGUUCAAACCAGACAAUCAUUGUUUGUCACCAAAAUGGUUCCGUCGGUACCAUAGACGUCCGUGGAGAAGGGCUCAUAGCUCAAGACAUUGGAUUUGUGAACUCAGCGGGGACAGAUGCAGGUCCUGCAAUGGCCGUUCGAAACGAGGCAAACAAUAGUAUAUUCCUUCGGUGCUCCAUUCAAGGAUUCCAAGACACCUUAUUUGCUGUUUCCGGAAGACAAUUCUACAAAAACUGUGAAAUAUAUGGUACCGUCGACUUCAUCUUCGGCAACGCUGCAGCUGUAUUUCAAGACUGUAUGGUUUAUGCACGCUAUCGACAGUUCGUGGUAUUCACCGCACAAUCACGUGGAAAUCCAUCUGAAAAAACAGGUUUCACAUUCCAACAUUGUAAUUUCACCAUGUCACCUGAAGAUGAAGGCAAAAAAUCAGAGGUGCGUGGAACAUUGGGUCGUCCUUGGAGGGCAUAUUCCACAGUGGCUAUAUUGCAAUGUUUCAUAGAUUCCUUUGUGGAUACUAGAGGUUGGGAACAGAUGGAGGGACAACCCAAUGAUAAGGUUACUUAUGUGGAGUUUGAGAAUGUUGGACCUGGAUCUAACACUGAUGGUAGAGUGAAUUGGCCUGGUGUUAAAGUUAUUCGCAACUCGGACCAAGCACUCCCGUUCACUGCUUCAUAUCUCUUGGAUGCUGACUCUUGGAUUCCUUCUAAGGAUGUUCCCUAUGAUAGUGGACUAUAGUCUAUAAUAUUCUUGUUUGUGCUCCAAGUUUUGUUUCACCUCUUUUUUUUUUUACCUUCUUUAGUCAAUUCUGGUUAUUAGGCCUUUAUUUUUCUAUUCCAGUAUCAGUUCACAUAUAUGCAUUUAGAAAGAAACAUGUUACACUUCUAAAAACAUGCUAUUACAACGUAUUAUGCCUUUAUUCAGUCAAUUCUUGUUAUUUGUGCAAUUAUGAUAUUUUCUUUUGAAUAAUUUGUGCAGCCUUACUAUACACUUCUAAAAAUAUAAAAGAUAUAUAUAUUUUAAGAAUUGAAUCCAUUUACAUGGUCAAUGUAAAAUGGUUUUCACAUUCUUCAGUUAAAUCAUUAUAAACAUGUUACUAUUGUCAAGGAAGUUUCUAUAUGCUUGAAUCUUGCCAAAUACCAAUUUUGUUUUCCACAGCAUUGAACUUUGAAUCGUCUUCUUGAUUCAACCAAAAGCCUCCAAAUCUGUCAAGUCUUCAAACUCCCUUGAAACUUCAUCCUAAUUUGAGGUGAUUCCUUCUCAAGAUCUAAUUUCAAUGAAUUUCAAACAAAAACUCAUAACCCUUUGAGUUCAAAGAACCUUAAUCACUCAAAGAUUGAAGAACUAGGUAGUAUUCUAAAAAGAAAGUUCUUAUUCUUUGUCACACUUAUGUCUUUCUGGAUACUGCAUACGCAAGGAAUAAGAAAUUGAUAUAGAUGUAUUCGGAAUAGAAAUUAUGAUCACAUUAGUAAGAAUCAUUUUUAAAUUAUAGUUUGUUUAUAAAUUCAUAAGUAUUGGUUAGUGAAAUUAUAGUUUCUUUGCAAAUUCAACUGAAUGAAUACUAACAAUGCUAGAGAUGUCAUAAUUAAACAACAAUUUCUGCUGCUGCUGCAGCACUGUGGUAGUACAGGAGCCAAAGUUUUAUAUCUCAUCUUGCUCUGUCCCGUGUGUCAAACUCCACAGUUGCUUCAGAUAAUGAUAAUAUUUGUGUCAAAAAAGAAGCUCCUAUAGCCUGUUCCUACUUCCUAUGCGUAGAUUAAUUUUAAGGUUAAUAAUAUUGUUAUUAUUAACAAUAAUAUUGUUAUUAUUGUUGUACCAAAAAAAAAAUAUUGUUAUUAUUGUGAAUGAACAAAGUAGCUUUCAUUUGAUAAUAUAUUGAAUGAAAGUAAACCUGUUUCUGGAAGACUUGGCUUUAUUUGGUGUUCAGAUUAGGUUAUAAUUAAAUUUGGUCAAUGUAUUUGUUACUUCUGGAAUCUGAAUUGAGAAGCUUGGAGAAGUUAUAAAAACUGAAUUUUAAUUUGAUGCCAUGAGGUGUUAUAAGUUUCAUUCUAUGCAAAAUAUGAUAGUGUGUAACAUCAAGUGGCCGAGUCUAGGAUAAGGAAAAUGUUUGUUUGUGUAUGCUAGCUACUGAUUGGGGAUUAAUUUGAUCAUACUACUUAUUUGCUUUGAAAAUUAUUUUGAUAUAAUUUGUUAAAAGAUUGUGCUUUGCAUAACAAAUUUGCUAAUAUGGAAUAGCUAUACUUAUGCAUUCUGCAUUGUUAUUGUUGUAAAUUUAGGCAUAAAUUAUCUCUACAAAUAAUAAUCAACGAAUAAAUAUAAGAAUCAAUUUAUGUGUUAAUAUGAAUAAUCAAGGGAGAUUUCAAGGAAACUUAUCUGCUUUGAUGUUGUUGUAUAAUUAGGUCACCAGCACAGCUCUAUCAACAUCUUUGACAACCAAAUCAAACCAAGUCUGAGACGUGCUGAUCGCGUUGUCCUUAAGGAUUUUUCACGUAAUUAUAUGCUAACCGCCCAGGAUUUAACAAACCCUUCUCAAUUAGAAUGGAGGAUACAGAACUGGCAAAAAGAAAUAUUUCAGGAAGAAGAAACCCAAAGUUGUUGACUGCACAAAAAUUAAUAUAUGGGGCUUUAAUUUUGAUAGGAAAGAAUAGUUGUUUUUCAU